AUGAUGACGAUGAUAACCUCGACGAUUAGCCACGCUGUGUGCUUCGCUAUAAAAAUCCGGUACAUGCAGGUCGACGACUGCAACGGAGCGAAUACCGCGACGGGCAAACUUCAACGCCGCACUCGGCCUCCGAGGAAUCCGUCGGACAAAGGCAGCAACGACCUGAGCAACGGCGCCAUCGCCGGCAUCGUCAUCGGCUCGUUGCUGUUCGCCGCCCUGCUGGUCGUCAUCGUCUUGUUCGUCGUCAAAAAGAUCAAAGCGAAACGUAAACUGGAAGGCAAGUAUUUUCCGGCCGAGGAGGAACAGAAGAGCAGCACCAAGAACCUGCCGCCUCUGCCCCCGCCGGCCAUCGAAGGCCUCAUCUGA